AUGUGGGCAAACGCCCAGGAUGUGGAGUUCGUCGCGCACCCCUCGUUACCGAUCUCCGCGCACCAAUGUGCGACGGGCCGCGCGCAGCAGAGCGGGGCCAGAUGCCCGCACGAGGUGGCGCGCGUUUUCUGCGCAAGGCUGGUGGGGCCGUCUGAACUCGACGGCGACCUUUCGGGGGUGGACAGCACCCCCAACGGUGACACGUCGAUUAGUGAAUCGUCCGUUUUCGGUUCUCGAGAGGGCGCCGCGGCCGUCAUUUUCCAGGCUGGCGCCCGCCAGGUUUGGGCCUCGGGUCGUGUUCACUAG